AUGGCGCCCCCAACUGAAAGCAGUUCUCACUCCGCCGGACAAAAUGGCAAGCAGCGCAUGUUCCUCAUUGACGCUCGUCAGGACCUUCUCAGCCAGGCAGGGCGAAUCCUUCCCGAUUUGCGGACCAUCCACGAGCUUGGACAAACAGCAUUCAAUGGAGGGCUAGUUGAUGACCGAAAAUAUCUGAUCGAGAAUAUCAUCCAAGUCACGGCAUCCUUGCCCAAUACAUCUGCAUUACGAGGGAAGAUCACGGAUGCGUUCGUCAGCACUCUAUGGGACAACCUCCAGCAUCCUCCUCUGUCUUAUCUCGGGGAUCAAUUCAAGUAUCGGACCGCGGAUGGGAGCUAUAACAAUAUUAUGUACCCCCAUCUCGGUGCUUCCGGUAGCCAUUAUGCCCGGACUGUCACCCCUCAGCAUCCGAGGCCUGCGGUGCUUCCUGAUCCGUCUCUUAUAUUUGACACCCUACUCGCACGUGACGGCCCUGCAAAGGAACACCCGAGCAAGAUAUCCAGUACUCUCUUCUAUCUAGCGACAGUGAUCAUCCACGACCUUUUCCACACGGAUGAAUGCGACGGCACAAAAGUAAAGAACUCUUCCUAUCUCGAUCUCGGGCCAUUGUAUGGCCAUAACCAGGACCAGCAAAACAAGGUGAGAACCUUCACAGACGGUCUUCUCGAACCCGACACAUUUGCGGAAAAGCGUCUCCUCACGCAGCCGCCGGGGGUUGGCGCAUUGCUAGUUGCCUUCAAUCGAUUUCAUAACUGGGUCGUAGGGGAACUGGCCUACAUUAACGAAGCUGGGAGAUUCAGUCUGCCUGCUGGGGUGAAUCAAGAUGAUCCCCGAUACAGCAGCGCGGUGGCUCAGAGAGAUAAUGAUUUGUUUCAGACGGGGAGACUGAUAACAUGCGGUUUAUACGUCAACAUCAUACUGAACGACUACCUCCGCACAAUCCUCAACCUCAAUGAGAAUCUGACCCAGUCGGACUGGACACUCGACCCUAGAAAGAGUCUGGAAGUGUUUGACAAAGGAGGCGUUCCCCGAGGAGUUGGAAAUCAAGUCAGUGUCGAGUUCAACAUGAUAUACCGCUGGCACGCGGCCAUCAGUAAUCAGGAUGAAGCCUGGGCAAACAGUCUUUGCCAAAGGAUCUUCGGACCGGAAGUCGAUGGCAGCACAUUAUCGGUGAAUCAAUUCCUCGACGGUUUGCGAAAAUACUUCGAGGACAAUGUACCAGGCGAACCUCCAACGUGGACUUUUGGAGGGCUGGAACGGCAGCAGGAUGGACGCUUCGCUGACAGUGACCUUGUUCGUCUUAUAUCAGACGGGUGCGAGAACGUCGCUGGGGCAUUCGGCGCCAGGAACAUUCCCAAAGUAAUGAAAGCCAUUGAGAUGCUCGGGAUUGAACAGGGACGGCAAUGGCAGCUGGCUACUCUGAAUGAGCUCAGAGCAUUUUUCAAACUGAAGCCAUAUUCAAGUUUCCUGGAGGUCAACUCGAAUCCAGCCAUCGCGGAAGCCUUGGAAGCACUAUACGGCCACCCUGAUAACAUAGAGCUGUACGUCGGCAUACAGGCAGAAGAAGCUAAGAAGCCCUUCUACCCAGGCUCAGGGUUAUGUCCUGGAUUCACCAUCUCUACUGCUAUCUUGUCUGAUGCAGUUGCCCUCGUUCGCGGAGAUCGAUUCUACACAGUCGACUAUAGUCCAGCCAACCUGACCAAUUUUGGCUUCAAUGCCGUGAGCUCCGACUUUGACGUCGCUGGCGGGGGCGUCAUGUACAAACUGCUGAUGAGAGCCUUCCCUGGAUGGUACCGGCCAAACAGCGUCUAUGCACUAUAUCCAUUCGUGACACCAGAGAAGAGCCGGGAGAUUAUGGACAAAUAUAUGAAAUUCAAGGACCUGAAUUUCGAUCGACCGUCAUAUACUCCGCCACCUGUGCCGGUCACAACUUGGGAAGGUGCGACAACGGUUUUGGAGAACCAGAAGCGGUUCCAUGUUCCUUGGGGAACACAUACAUUCCAGAUUACGGGGCAUGAUUACAUGCUCAGCGGGGAUUCCGCGGCGAAUGCAGAACAAAGGCGAUUCGUCAACGAGUGUCUCUACGAACCAAAAACUGUACUGGAGGUUGUGCGAAAGCUCUACGAAUCCAUCACGACAGCCCUGCUUCAUGAGAAAGCCUUCAAGCUAAGGGACUAUUAUCACGUUGACAUUGUCGGGGAUGUUGGAAACCUAGCACACGCACAUUUCUGCUCGCAGUUCUUCAAUAUCCCCCUCAAGGACGACAAGGACCCGUCACCUGAUGCGUAUACACCUAGAGAGCUCUCCGAUGCCCUUUCCCUGUUGUUCGGCUAUGUGUUCUUGGAUCUUGAACCGACCGAUUCUCUCAGGAAUAGGAUCGCAGCAGCAGCGGAGGAGCAGCGAAUGGGCGCUAUCAUGGCCAAGUCAGUCUCCAGCGCUAGACAUAGCGUCGUAAGACGUUUCAUGCAGGCGCUUGGGAGGAGCGAGGCCGGACCAGGGAGCUAUGGUCAGCAGCUUGCUAACCGGUUACUGAGAGAGGGCAAGAGUGUUGAUGAAGUCGUGUGGACCAUUAUUCCAACCGCAGCGGCAGCGUGCGCGACUCAAGCUCAGGGUUGGGCACAAAUGCUCGACCUCUAUUUGUCGGACAAGUACGCCUCGCACUGGCCCGCGAUCCAAAAGCUGGCACGCUCCGCUGAUCCUGCAGCGUUCGAAAAGUUGAAAAAAUACGCUCUCGAGGGUUUCCGCCUGUCUACUCCGGCUUUCGGUGUCCUCCGGACAGCAGUCGAGGAAGCCACAAUCAAGGAUGGAGAAGCCACUACAACUGUCCACGAAGGAGAUACCAUUUUUGUCGACUUUAUUACUGCUGGCCGCGAUCCUGUCAAGUUUCCCGACCCUGACGAGAUCCGGCUCGACCGUCCGGCAGAUAGUUACAUCCACCAUGGCUGGGGUCCACACGCGUGUCUUGGAAGGGCAAUUGUCACUACAGCCGGUGCCGCCCUCUUGCGUGUCCUUGGCCGGCUCGAAAAUAUCCGUCGAGCUCCUGGACCUGCCGGAGAGAUGAAGAGCAAGAUGGUGAACAACGCGUUUAAGUUGUACUUGCGCGAAAAUGGAUCCUCCUGGACGCCGUUUCCUCAGAAUAUGAAAGUAAUAUUUGACUCGUUUAAGUAG